UCUCGCGAGAUGUGAGUGCAGCUGGAGAACAGGAGCCGGAGCUGUUAGCGGAACAGUGGAACAUGGCGAACGUGGUUCUGGAGUUUAAGGCUGAUGCCGGAGACUCGGAGCCGCCGAACCGGCCUGUUCUGGUCGUUGGGCAGCUCAGCAACCUGCAGCAGAUCAACUGGACUCAGAUUAAAGGGAAGCUGCAGCCGGCGGUCAGCAAAGAGAUAUGGCAGUCUGCUCUGGGCGCCCUGAACCCAAAUCCCACCGACAGCUGCCCGCUGUAUCUCAGCUACGCCACCGUGGCAGCUCUGCCCUCUCGGGUCAGCCGUCACAACUGCCCCGCCUCUGCCCACUUCCUCACCCGCCUGGUCCGCACCUGCCUGCCUCCGGGCAGCAACCGCUGCAUCCUGAUGGUCUGUGAGCGGUCGGAUGUGUUUGCGUCGGCAUGCGCCAUCGCCCGCGCUUUCCCGCUCUUCACCCGCCGCUCUACCUCCUCACGCAGGACAGAGAAGAAGCAUGUCACUGUGGAGUUCGUCACCGUCGGACAGGACAACGGCCCUCUGGAGCUCUCCACGCUGGAGUGUCUUUCCAACACGGCUGACGGAGUUCGACUGGCAGCACGGAUUGUGGACACUCCUUGCAGCGAGAUGAACACUGACCAUUUCCUUGAGGAGAUCAAAGCGGUGGGGAACGAACUGGGCAUCACGCCAACUAUAAUUCGAGGAGAGGAGCUGAAACAGAGGGGCUUUGGAGGUAUCUAUGGUGUGGGUAAAGCAGCUGAACACCCUCCUGCUCUCGCUGUGCUUAGCCACACCCCCUCUAGUGCCACUCAGACUAUUGCCUGGGUGGGCAAAGGCAUCGUUUAUGACACGGGUGGUCUCAGCAUCAAGGGCAAAACCACAAUGCCCGGCAUGAAGAGAGACUGCGGAGGAGCAGCUGCCAUUCUGGGAGCUUUUAAAGCUACUGUCAAACUGGGGUUCAAAGACAACCUCCAUGCUGUGUUCUGCCUGGCUGAGAACGCAGUGGGACCUACAGCCACUCGGCCGGACGACAUCCACACCCUGUACUCUGGAAAGACAGUGGAGAUCAACAACACCGACGCAGAGGGGAGGCUGGUGCUGUCUGAUGGAGUUGUUUAUGCCAGUAAGGAUCUGUCUGCUGAUAUUAUUCUGGAUAUGGCCACUCUGACCGGAGCUCAGGGAAUCUCCACAGGGAAGUACCACGCAGCCGUCAUGACGAACAGUGAGGAGUGGGAGGCAGCGUGUGUGAAAGCGGGUCGCAGCAGCGGAGAUCUGGCCCAUCCUCUGGUCUACUGCCCCGAACUCCACUUCAGCGAGUUCACCUCCGCCGUCGCCGACAUGAAGAACUCUGUAGCGGACCGUGAAAACGCUCAGAGCUCCUGUGCUGGACUGUUCAUCGGCUCUCACCUGGGCUUCGACUGGCCUGGUGUGUGGGUGCACGUGGACAUCGCCUCACCUGUGCACGCUGGCGAGCGGGCGACAGGUUUCGGGGUGGCUCUACUGUUGGCGCUGUUCGGUCAGGCAUCUGAAGACUCUGUGCUAAACAUGGUGUCUCCGCUGGGCGUCACGGCAGCCAACGCUUCAUCUGGGGAUCAAAUGGAGAGAGACAGCAAGAGGAGAAGACUGGUCUGAUGAUCAUCUCCGACUGCUCCACAGCUCCUGUGUUCAGAAGCCACUAAAAUCAGUUAUCACUGAAACACUUUCUGACCCCAUCAUCCCACUGACACACACACACACACACACACACACACACACACACACACACACACACCCCUCCGUACUGAAGACCUUCAGAACAGUUCAGCUCCUCCCUCAGAAACGCCUCUGAACACUGUGUCGUUUAAUAAAAGUGCAAAGUAAUUGUUUUGUAAGAUGAAGCUGUCAGAUUUUAAUGUUAUGAGCCGUGUUGAUGGAAAGUGAAUCUUCACUUUCAUUAAUCAUAAUCAUAAUCAAAAAACUGUGUAACAAAUUUAUUUUACAUCAAAAGAUACCAGACAGAAAACUGAGAAAAUGGAUCACUUUUCUGGUGUUUUUCUCACAGAUUUUGUUCUGGAUGAUGUUAGAGAUGCAGUGACUGUCAGUUCAUGAUGUCUGUUCUCUUUCUAUGGAUAGUUAAAUUCACUUUGAUGCCAAUAUUGUAAGUGUGGCAAAAUGAGGAAUACAGUGUCGACGGUGAAGCUGGACCUUUAAAGUAAAGAGUUAAAGAAUACGGUGA